CCGCAGUCGGCCCAAAGACUAGUGUAUUAGUUAGAUAUCUGUGCGCCGCUCGCGCAGGGUCGUCAACGUAAUUCUGUCGCGCAGCGUUUAAAUAGUGGGUGAAAGCUACAGAUUAAGUAGAGUAAAUGGUUAAUGGAUUUUAACUAUUAGUGCAGUUUAUUAGCAUAUGGGUGUGAUAUGGUAAAACUAUAUAACAAUUAUUGUUGAAAUAAUUUUUGUUAUACCGUUGUUUCUUGAUUGCUUCAGUUUACUAUUUCUCUAAAGACAACAAAAAUAUUGUAUUAGUUAUCAACGGUGAGAUGUGUAAUAUUUGAAAGUAUAAUUUUUUUUUUAAAAUAUAUUUACGUGUAUAAAAGCACCUGAAAAAGCAAUGAAAACCACCAAGUUCGUGAGUUGUGCAAGGAGGUGCUUGUGUAAGCCAAAUUUAAACACCUUAAGCAGCAAUGUCAGCGGUAUGUCAACGGAAGCUGCAGCCGCCGCAGCUCAGCGUGGUGCACGACAGAGUGAUUCAUUCACUAUGAACUUGUUCCGGGGACAUUUUGAAACUGGCCAGAUAUUUCCCUUUCCGGAACCUUUAACCGAUGAGCAGCGGCAGACACUAGUCGAGCUCAUCCCACCCGUUGAGAAGUUUUUUGAGGAAGUGAAUAAUCCUGCCAAAAAUGAUGCUGAUAGCCAAGUCGAGCCAGCUACAAUGGCCGGGCUGUGGGAGCUGGGAGCAUUUGGUCUACAGGUGCCGACUGAUCUAGGCGGCCUGGGUCUUAGCAACACUCAGUACGCGCGCUUGGUGGAAGUGGUUGGUGCGCACGACCUCGGCGUCGGCAUCACGCUCGGCGCACACCAGUCCAUCGGCUUCAAAGGCAUUCUGCUUGUGGGCACGCCUGAGCAAAAAGCGCGCUAUCUGCCUCGCGUCACCGCUGGAGAGUUGGCUGCCUUCUGCCUUACCGAGCCCUCGUCUGGUUCCGACGCCGGAUCCAUAAGGACUCGCGCCGUGCUCUCUUCCGACGGCGGGCAUUACAUUCUCAACGGGUCCAAGAUAUGGAUCAGUAACGGGGGUAUCGCGGACAUCAUGACCGUGUUCGCCCAGACGCCAGUAGAGAAGAACGGCAAGAUGGUGGACAAGGUAACCGGAUUCAUCGUGGAGCGCAGCUUCGGUGGAGUGUCGUCCGGCCCACCCGAGCACAAGAUGGGCAUCCGCUGCUCUAACACGGCCGAGGUGUACUUCGAAGAUGUGCACGUGCCCGUCGGAAACGUGCUCGGCGGCGUCGGCGACGGCUUCAAGGUGGCCAUGCAGGUGCUCAACAACGGCCGCUUCGGUAUGGCGGCGGCUCUUGCCGGCACUCAGCGAGCGGCACUGCGCCUGGCCGCCGAGCACGCCGCCACGCGCCAGCAGUUUGGACGUCGGCUGGCGGACUUUGCGGGCGUACAGGAGAAGCUGGCGCGCAUGGCGCAGCUGCAGUACGUCACCGAGUCGCUGGCGUACCUGGUCAGCGGCACCAUGGACGCCGGUAAACAGGAGUACCAGCUCGAGGCCGCGGUGUCUAAGGUGUUCGCGUCGGACUCGGCCUGGACCGCCGUGGACGAGGCCAUCCAAAUCCUCGGCGGCAUGGGCUACAUGACCUCGGCGGGGCUCGAGCGGGUUCUACGAGAUCUGCGCAUCUUCCGCAUCUUCGAGGGCACCAACGACAUCUUGCGCCUGUUCGUGGCGCUCACCGGCAUCCAGUACGCCGGAUCGCACCUGCGCGAAUUGCAGCGCGCUUUCAAGAAUCCCGCUGCCAACCUGGGCCUCAUCUUCAGCGAGGCCGGUCGUCGCGCAACGCGCGCCGUUGGUUUGCAGAAGCCCGUCGGCCUCGACGCGCUCGUGGCGCCCACUCUGCGCCCGGUGGCCAAGCAUCUGGCGCGUGGCGCGCUCGACUUCGGCGCUUGCGUCGAGAACGUACUGCUCAAGUACGGCCGCGACGUGGUCGACGAACAGCUCGUGCUCAACCGCCUCGCCGCCGCCGCCAUCGACGCCACCACAUCGGCCGCCGUUUUGUCGCGCGCCUCUCGCGCCGUCCGCCUCGGUCUCCCCUCGGCCGACCACGAGCUGCGCCUGGCCGAGGCGUGGACCGAAGAGGCCACCGAGCGCAUGGCGCGCCUGCCCGACGCGUUGGCGCCGCGAACGCUGGUGCGCAACGCGCGUCUGACGGCCAUCGGCCGCGCCGUCAGCUCCGCCGGGGGUCAGCCGACGCGCAAUCCCGUGGAUCUGUGACGUGGAAAUCAAACUAGCGUCGUGUACAUAACAUAGAUUUAUUAUUCUAAGAGAUUAGCGAUCCGAAGUAGACCGUAGCUACACGUCGACGUGGACGGAGGCGUCCCAGGCGCGCGCGUUGACCUGCUUGAGAGUGGCGCGAAGCGCGCGGCCCGGGCCCAAUGCCAGAGUGAGCGGCUGCGGCGUGUCGGGCGGCCUCGCGUACAGCGCGUGCAGGGUCUGCUCCCAGCGCACGGGCGCGGCCGUGAAGCGCUCGAGCCGGCGGCGAGCGGCGGCUCCGCCGGAGACUGCCUUUCCGUCCACGCCCGACACCACGGUUACGCGAGGCGCGCCUACUGUGCAGUGCUCCAGUGCGCUGCGCACGACGGCCUCGGCGCGCGCCAUGAGCGGCGUGUGGAAAGCGCCGGCCACGCCCACUCUGGCGCUUCGGCGCACGCCCCAGGCUCGGCCCUCGCGUUCCACCCACCGCAAAGCCUGCGCACACGUCUUUCAUCUAUUAUACCGCUAAUAUAUUUAUUAUUCUGUA